AUGGAUGUCGGUCGUUCUGGUCCCGGACCUUUAGACGGGAGUUUGUUGACAUUACAGUCUGUGCACAGGUCUCAGGUUGUGUGGGACAACAUAGAGCCACCCCCUGAUUUCAGAUUGAGGACAAACUUUGGGGAGUAUUGGAAGGCAGUUCGAGCCCACAGACCGCAUCAGAUGAUCAUGGAUGCAAUCAGGGAUUUAGGAUUUGAUUGCAUAUUUAGGCUGGGACAGUUCAAGCACGACAGGGGUUUGAUUACAGCCUUUAUCGAGAGAUGGCGUGGAGAGACGCACACCUUCCACCUGCCGUUCGGAGAGGCCACUAUCACUCUUGAGGAUGUUCAUCACAUUCUCGGGUUACCCACUGAGGGUGAUCCACUGAUCCUCCGUGGAGCGAGUACCAGCGUGGAGGAAAGGCGCGUGCUAGUAGGCGAAUUUCUUGGGCUAUUACCAGAAGCCAAGGACGAUGUUAACCGAGGUGGUUUAAAGAUCAAAUGGCUUGUGGAUAACUUCGGGUCUUGUGAGCGGUUGGAGCAGUUGGAUCCAGAGGAUAUAGGUUAUGGUGUACAGCUUACCUACCAUAUUCGGGCGCACCUACUAUGCGUUAUUGGAUCAUUGUUCCCCCACAGCAGCGGGAACCGCGUGCAGCUUGACCUUCUAUGGUUAAUGAGGGACAUGGACCAGCUGCGUCGGUAUAGCUGGGGUAGUGCUGUUCUUGGCUUCCUAUACCAGAAGCUAUGUUCUUCUAGCAGGGCUAACUGUACUGAUUUCUGUGGCUACGCCACAUUGGUACAGGUGUGGAUUUACGAGCGCUUUCCGUCACUAGCGCCUAGGCACAGGGGUCAACCCUUGUUCGAGUACCCGCUGGCGCUGAGGUGGAAGGCGCCACUUAGGCGUUGUCAGGUGCCGCAUGCGCAGAGCCGCAUGACACAAUAUGAGUUGGAUGCGUUGACACCCCGACAGUUUCGAUGGAGGCCAUAUGCUGAUUUACCUGCAGAGCAUCACCCGGAGGCCACUGUGUACUUGCGUUGGACGGCUCCCGCCCCCAUGAUGUACAUGUCCUACGUCGAGUGGUGCUACACGGACAGGGUGACGAGGCAGUUUGGUUUUAUGCAGGGUGUACCAUAUUCCUCUCCCUACCCUAAUCAUCAGGACCUGCACGACCACUACAACGAGCAGGUUGAUUGGAUGUACGCGAGGGAGCCAUUUGUUGAUCUUUGGGAUACGCGCAUGGAGCGUGCCCUCGCAUCUCCUCCACUUAUGCAUGGCGAGGGUUGCACUGCCUCAUACCUGCCAUGGUUCCACAGGGUCACACGUCGAAUCAUCAUUAACCCCUUACACUGGCCACAGCAGGAGGGUGCCUUCCAGGGAACACAGCUCUCGACACAGGAACUGGAGGAGCAGUUAUCCGCUAUGCAGCGUGCCAUUGACCCUUAUGCUCCUGAUUUGGGUCUGGCAAACCAUAUUUUACAGGAUAUGGUUACUCGUGUACAGCGUCGACCUGCGGAACAGGCCCCUGCCAGACCUAGGGCACGGGCUCCUGGUGGGCGUAGGGGACGACCACCAGUCACACCGGUAGUGCCCGAAGAGGGCACUUACUACACCCAUGUGGGUAGCUCACACCUUGCAGGCACCUCACAUUCUGCAGGUCAUGAUGGAGCAGGUACUUUUGAGGCUGGUGGUUGGUCUCCAUUCAUUCAGCCUUCUACAUCUGAGGGGGUUCCAUGGCCCCAAAGGAGCAGAUUAGGGGAUGAUGAGGCACAGGACGAUGAGGGUCCGUCACAGGAUCACUUGGCAGAGUCAUAUGUAUAUCGUCCUGACAUGUCAUUCUUAGAGGAUCACACACCUCCCCCAUUCACCCAGGACCCGUCCUUUGGGAGCAGUACAUACAGAUUCGGGAGUCCACCUGUCACGUUCACUCCGAUGAUGUCCACCAGCGGCCAGGGUUUUACCACACCUUUACCCGCUUUUGCUGCAUUUGCGGGGGAUAGUAGCCCCUGGGCGUACGCACCUGUGCGUCCACCGAGAGCAGCAGCACAGCCGUCGGAGGUUGAGGAUGAGUCUGACGAUGAGGAGUCUGACGAUGAGGAGCCAUCCGAGCAUGAGCAGAGACAGCAGCCACCUAGAGCUGCGAAGGGGAAGGGUCGUAGAUGUUACACUGGAAGUCACUUCUUCGGGCAUACGAAGAAGUAGGCUUUUUGGCUUCCCCUCGUAUGUACUUUGUUUAUGUGUAUGCACUUUUAUUAUGCAUUUGAUAAUGCAUUAUGUUUAUCUUUAUGUACUUUUAUUCGGGUAGAACGGUUUAUGUACUUUUAUUAUGUUUAUGUUUUUUGUUCACUCAUAUU